AUGACACCGGAGCCGAUUCCUCGUGAGGUGACUUGUGAGUCGACUCAGAACUCACCUGAUUUCAAGAGCAGCAGUGCACCAGCUGAUCCAAAGGACACCUCUCAAGCCAGCAGCUAUCUGAAGGACAGCAUUGGAGGAAAGGUAGAUGGGGACGUGGACGGAAAGAGGAGAGACGUGAAAUCAGACCAAAAACGGGCGAGGAGCGGAAACCAGGGGUCACAUGAAGGGGGUUCGGAGGAGGGGGGGUUGCAGCAGCUGCUGGGGGAGGAGGGCGGUGAUGGGGGGAGUGUAUGCAGUGGGGGAUGGCGAGUGGAAGGCCACCUACCUGCCGCACAAGACGGGUCUGAGUGGUGGGUGGAGGGGCUUUGCACUGGACCAGGAGCUGGAUGCAGGCAAUGCUGUGGUGCGGGGUCGGGUUGGGGUAUGAUGGGGAUGAAGCGGGGGUUUGGUAUGGAUCAAGAGCUGGAUGCGGGCGAUGCCGUGGUGUUUGAGAAGGUGGAUUCGCUCACACUCAAGGAAUUGGAUGCGGGCAACGCGUUGGUGUUUGAGAAGAUGGAUCGGGACACUCUUAAGGUACACAUACCGGUGCAGUGCAGUGAAGCUGUAUACAUGUGUGGUUAG